UGUUGGAAAGCUGCAUGCAGAUUCACUGUUUGAGGUAAAUAUGUGAAUAUUUUCAGUGAAAAUGUCUUCAGUUCAGCCUCAGAGAGAGUUUAUCAAGCAGCAGGAAACUCCUGCUGAAGAAACAUUCACAGAGUGGAAAGAAAUCAACGUUAAGAUGGAGGAAGAGAUGGACGAUCAGCGCAGACUGAUGGAUUUUACCCGGAUACCCAAGAUCAUCUUGCACCGGAUAGAUCUCCCACAAUGUCGUGUGUGUGAAAAUGAGGAGGUUCUCAAUGAAACAGAACCACAGAGGAACCAACUCAUCUCUCACGGCUCUCCAGAAACUGAGAACCGGAAUCAGGAAGGAAGCAAUUCUGAAGACCCAGGAAAAAGAAGAAAGGAAGGUCAGAAACAAAAGAAGAAAUAUGAGAAAACCAAACAGCAGAAAGACAGAACUGACACUGAAGAAAAAAUCAUGCACAAGAAAGCUCAUCCAGGGCAAAAAUUAUACUCUUGUAGAAUUUGUGAUAAAACUUUUUCUCGAAAGGAUGGCAUGAAGAGGCACAUGAGAAUUCACACAGGUGAGAAGCCGUUCUCUUGUGGGUCUUGUGGAAAAAGUUUCUCCCAAAAAUAUAUUUUAAAUUCUCACAUGAGAAAUUGUGCAGAUGAGAAGCUUUUCCCCUGUGGGAUCUGUGGAAAGAGUUAUAAUCAUAGAAAGAGUUUCUCUUAUCACAUGAGAAUUCACACAGGUGAGAAGCCUUUCUCCUGUGGGACCUGUGGAAAAAGUUUCUCUCAAAAAGAACAUUUAAAAGUUCACAUGAGGAUUCACACAGGUGAGAAGCCUUUUUCUUGUGGGACUUGUGGAAAAAGUUUCAGCAGUAGAGCCAGUUUAAAUCUUCACAUGAGAAUUCACACAGGUGAGAAGCCUUUCUCCUGUGGGACCUGUGGAAAGAGUUUCUCUAGAAAACGUAAUUUAAAUCUUCACAUGAGAAUUCACACAGGUGAGAAGCCUUUCUCCUGUGGGAGCUGUGGAAAGAGUUACAGUCAAAAACAGACUUUAAUUCAUCACAUGAGAAUUCACACAGGUGAGAAGCCUUUCUCCUGUGGCACCUGUGGAAAGGGUUACAAUGACAGAAGGAGUUUAACUGCACACAUGAGUAUUCACACAGGUGAGAAGCCUUUCUCCUGUGGCACCUGUGAGAAGAGUUAUAUUCAUAGACGUAGUUUAACUUAUCACAUGAGAAUUCACACAGGUGAGAAGCCUUUCUCCUGUGGCACCUGUGGAAAGAGUUUCUCUAAGAAAGAUCAUUUAAAUGUUCACAUGAGAAUUCACACAGGCGAGAAGCCUUUCCCUUGUGGGAGCUGUGGAAAGAGUUACAGUCAAAAACAGACUUUAAUUCAACACAUGAGAAUUCACACAGGUGAGAAGCCUUUCUCCUGUGGGACCUGUGGAAAGAGUUACAGUCAAAAACAGACUUUGAUUCAACACAUGAGAAUUCACACAGGUGAGAAGCCUUUCUACUGUGGGACCUGUGGAAAGAGUCACAGUCAAAAACAGAAUUUAAUUCAUCACAUGAGAAUUCACACAGGUGAUAAGCCUUUCUCCUGUGGGACCUGUGGAAAGAGUUUCUCUCAGAAAGAUCAUUUAAAUGUUCACAUGAGAAUUCACACGGGUGAGAAGCCGUUCUCUUGUGGGACCUGUGGAAAGAGUUUCUAUAAAAAACUUAGUUUAAAUGUUCACAUGAGAAUUCACACAGGUGAUAAGCCUUUCUCCUGUGGGACCUGUGGAAGGAGUUUCUCUAAGAAAGAUCAUUUAAAUGUUCACAUGAGAAUUCACACAGGUGAGAAGCCUUUCUCUUGUGGGACCUGUGGAAGGAGUUUCUCUGAAAAACGUAAUUUAAAUGUUCACAUGAGAAUUCACACAGGUGAGAAGCCUUUCUCUUGUGGGACCUGUGGAAGGAGUUUCUCUCAAAAAUGUAGUUUAAAUGUUCACAUGAGAAUUCACACGGGUGAGAAGCCUUUCUCUUGUGGGACAUGUGGAAGGAGUUUCUCUCAAAAACGUAGUUUAAAUGUUCACAUGAGAAUUCACACAGGUGAGAAGCCUUUCUCUUGUGAGACCUGUGGAAGGAGUUUCUCUGAAAAAGGUCAUUUAAAAGUUCACAUGAGGUCACACAGGUGAGAAGCCUUUUUCCUGUGGAACCUGUGGAAAGACUUACAAUGACAGAAGUAAUUUAACUAAUCACAUAAAGACUUUCUCAUACUGGAAACUUUUGCAAGGAAACAGAUAUGAUCCGUUUUUUUGU